UAGUCCGAAGCUCCUCCCCUUCUGCCUCUCCUGAGGCGGGUCAGCUCAGUCAAAGCACCCGCCCUCAUGCAUUAAAUGGGCCAGCUAAGCGCAGCCCCCGGAAACGAGCUGUGCACUCCAGAACUGUGAACCUGUUUGGCAGCAGCAACUAAACGCAGAAAACAUCAUGGCAGAGCAGGUGGCCCUGAGCCGAACCCAGGUGUGUGGGAUCCUAAGGGAAGAGUUGUACCAGGGUGAUGCCUUCCACCAAGCUGAUACACACAUAUUUAUCAUCAUGGGUGCAUCGGGUGACCUGGCCAAGAAGAAGAUCUAUCCAACCAUCUGGUGGCUGUUCCGGGAUGGCCUUCUACCCGAAGACACCUUCAUUGUGGGCUAUGCCCGCUCCCGUCUCACAGUGGAUGACAUCCGCAAGCAGAGUGAGCCUUUCUUUAAAGCCACCCCAGAGGAAAGACCCAAGCUGGAGGAGUUCUUUGCCCGUAACUCCUAUGUGGCUGGCCAGUAUGAUGAUCCAGCCUCCUACAAGCACCUCAACAGCCAUAUGAAUGCCCUGCACCAGGGGAUGCAGGCCAACCACCUAUUCUACCUGGCCUUGCCCCCUACAGUCUACGAAGCUGUCACCAAGAACAUUCAAGAGACGUGCAUGAGUCAGACCAGCGGCUGGAAUCGCAUCAUAGUGGAGAAGCCCUUCGGGAAAGACCUGCAGAGCUCCAACCAGCUGUCGAACCACAUCUCCUCUCUGUUCCGUGAGGACCAGAUCUACCGAAUUGACCACUACCUGGGCAAGGAGAUGGUCCAGAACCUCAUGGUGCUAAGAUUUGCCAACAGGAUCUUUGGCCCUAUCUGGAACCGAGACAACAUUGCCUGUGUGAUCCUCACAUUUAAAGAGCCUUUUGGUACUGAGGGUCGUGGGGGCUACUUUGAUGAAUUUGGGAUCAUCAGGGACGUUAUGCAGAACCACCUCCUGCAGAUGUUGUGUCUGGUGGCCAUGGAAAAGCCUGCCUCCACAGAUUCAGAUGAUGUCCGUGAUGAGAAGGUCAAAGUGUUGAAAUGUAUCUCAGAGGUGGAAACCAGAAAUGUGGUCCUUGGCCAGUAUGUGGGGAACCCCAAUGGAGAAGGAGAAGCUACCAACGGGUACUUAGAUGACCCCACAGUGCCCCGUGGGUCUACCACUGCCACAUUUGCAGCAGCUGUCCUCUAUGUGGAGAAUGAGCGGUGGGAUGGGGUACCCUUCAUCCUGCGCUGUGGCAAAGCCCUGAAUGAGCGUAAGGCUGAGGUGAGACUGCAGUUCCGCGAUGUGGCAGGCGACAUCUUCCACCAGCAGUGCAAGCGUAAUGAGCUGGUGAUCCGUGUGCAGCCCAAUGAGGCUGUAUACACCAAGAUGAUGACCAAGAAGCCUGGCAUGUUCUUCAACCCUGAGGAGUCAGAGCUGGAUUUGACCUAUGGCAACAGAUACAAGAAUGUGAAGCUCCCUGAUGCCUAUGAACGCCUCAUCCUGGAUGUCUUCUGUGGGAGCCAGAUGCACUUUGUCCGCAGUGAUGAACUCAGGGAAGCCUGGCGUAUCUUCACACCACUACUGCACAAGAUUGAUCAAGAGAAGCCCCAGCCCAUCCCCUAUGUUUAUGGCAGCCGCGGCCCCACAGAGGCAGAUGAGCUGAUGAAGAGAGUGGGCUUCCAGUAUGAGGGUACCUACAAGUGGGUGAACCCUCACAAGCUCUGAGCCUUGGGAACUUACACCAUUCGCACUCUUCCCCUUUUGUCCACCCUUUCUGUGUCUGUCCUUCCCACCACCUAACCCUAUAUUAGGACUAUUGACCCCAUAUUGGAAGGACUUUGGGACCAUAGGCCUUAGCCACACAUUCCAGUCCCUGGGCUCGGGCCACCACUCUAUCCUAUGCUGCUGCUGCCGCUGCCACAGCCAUCACUGCUGCUGCUGCCGCCGCCGCCACCGAGCCCAGCUACAUUCCUCAACUACCAAGUGCUCAAAACUCACUGUAAUGCUUUCGGGGCCACCAAUAGCCCUGUCUGAGCCACUCCUCUCUCCACAAGACCUGAAUCACCUCCUCUGCUCACUCUAGCCCCUGCAAAAGGAAGAACAACAGUCUAUCAAUCUGUCCCUAGACUCCUCAAGACAGGAGUUAGGAACAAUGGGGAAGAGCCUUGAGCCUCAGAGGGAUAAUGACCAAACUACACUCCCUGGUGUCUAUGGGAAAACUCCUCAAAACUCGAAGAAAGUGGUCAAGGAUACCCAUGUGAGAGGACCUGCCCAUGGCCACACCAGCUUCAGUGCCACUUGACAUUUCCCCCUCACCAGUUGGAAGAGACCUCAUACUGCCUAUCAACAUUUUGGAGCCCUAGAUGUCCCCUCACCAACUCCAUACUCCAUGGUCAUCUUCAUCCCACCCACAGGCAGCCUUCUCACCAAAGGAAAGCAGAAGUAGCAGCUAGGAUUUCCCUACCCCAACCUUGCCAUUAAAUCCUCAAACAGUU